AUGUUGAAACGGUUGCUUCAGAGGGCCGUAGCACUGAUGACAAAAACUGCAGAAGUAGCGGAAUCAAAAGCCGAAUCAGUUUUGCAUUCCGUCCAUUCUGGGCAAGUGAAGAAAGCUGAAGCUCACAAUGGAGAGGCUAAAAUCCGCAUAAAAAAGGCCAAAUAUGCUAUGUUGUUGGCUUACCAGGGAAGGGAAUACUUUGGAAUGCAGAUACAAAAGGAACAUCCUACAGUUGAGGGUAAACUGAUCGAUGCAAUGCACAAGUUGGGUUGGAUUACCGAGGAAAUGAAGGAACAACCUGCCUUGUUUCAUUUCCAAAGGGCUGCGCGCACAGAUCGUGCAGUCUCUGCAGUUAGGCAGAUAUGUGGCAUGGAACUUCCAAAACGUGACGAUUAUCCCCUCACUGGUGCUAAUCAACUCAACGACAUUCUCCCCAGUGAUAUACGCGUCAUAGGUAUGCGUCGUGCAACAAAUGCGUUCCACCCGCAGAAGCAGUGCUGCGCUCGAACAUAUAGCUACACUUUACCAACAUUUGCAUUUGCAAAGCCAACAGAGCUCACAAAUACGGCAUUUCGAAUAAAGAAGGAGACACUAGAUGAGGUGCGAGAUCUGCUCAGUAUAUACAAAGGCACACAUAACUUUUUCAACUACACAUCGAGGAGAGAAUUCGAUGACCGUAGUUGUCAUCGGUAUAUUUUAUCGUUUGAUUGUGGAGAGCCAUUUUUAUAUCACGACGAUUUUCGAAAUGAGGAUGUAGAAUUUGUUCAGCUCACUGUGAAAGGACAAAGUUUUGUUCUGCAUCAAAUCCGAAAAAUGGUCGGAAUGGUUAUCACCGUAGUUCGGGAGUUCCAGUAUAAAAGCUACAUUCAAAGGACCUUUGAGAGUGAACGAGUGAGAUUUCAUUUGCCUUCAACGCUGAUUUUUUUCUUUUUCGCUAUUUUUGCCGCAUUUUAUUUCCUUAUGCUUGCUGUGUCUUCGAAUUUUUUU